UCAACAAGAGCAAGAGACGGAUCAAAAGUUUGUGUGCCAAAAACAAACAAGACGUAGAGCAAAGAGAAGAAGUAGAGAGAGAGAGAGCAGGUGCAAUGGCUUCCCUGUCGUCCAUCCCCACCCUCUCGAAAUCCCUCUCUCUGAAGCCCAAAGCUAUUGCCUUUAAGCCUCGCUUCUCCUCCAUCACUUGCUCUUCUCUUCCCCAACAGCCACACGGAGGAGAAGACUCCGUCGCCUCCUCCCUCAAGGCCUUCUCCACCGCCGUGGCCCUCUCCUCCAUCCUCCUCUCCUCCGCCGCCGCCCCUCCCCCCGCCGUCGCCGACAUCGCCGGCCUCACCCCCUGCAAGGAAUCCAAGGCCUUCGCGAAGCGCGAGAAGCAGUCGAUCAAGAAGCUGGAGGCUUCGCUGAAGAAGUACGCGCCCGACUCGGCCCCGGCGCUCGCCAUCAACGCCACCAUCGAGAAGACCAAACGGCGGUUCGACAACUACGGCAAGUUCGGCCUCCUCUGUGGCUCCGACGGCCUGCCGCACCUCAUCGUCAGCGGCGACCAGCGGCACUGGGGCGAGUUCAUCACCCCCGGCUUCCUCUUCCUCUACAUCGCCGGCUGGAUCGGCUGGGUCGGCCGGAGCUACCUCAUCGCCAUCAGGGGCGACAAGAAGCCCACCAUGAAGGAGAUCAUCAUCGACGUGCCGCUCGCCUCUAGGCUGCUCUGGCGUGGCUUCAUCUGGCCCGUGGCCGCCUACAGGGAGCUCAUCAACGGCGAUCUCAUCGCCAAGGACGUGUAACCUUCUUGACGAAGAUAAAUGCACAAGGAAAGGCGAAUUGCUCAAACUCGGUUCAUAAUCGAAGAAAAUUGUGUCCAGUGCUUUGUAUUUAAGACUUAUAUCUCUGUGUAUUUGUUAUCACGCUUGUAAUCUCAUGUUUUAGAAAACCAAUUAAUUCGACUUUGAGACUUUCUCCA